AUGCUCUUUGGUGAAUUCAGAUUUUUUUAUGCGGUGCAUUUUAUUUUGUUUUUUUAACACUUAUGCUAUACUGUUGAACAAAAAUCAUUAAAAAUAAAAGAAAUAUAAAAACUGUUGUCGCUUUACAGAGAUAUUAAGAAAGAAUCUUGAGUUACUGAGAUGUCAUCAACCCCAAUGGCUUCCUUAACAGAAUCAAACACUUUAGAUUUCCCUGACAAUCAAACUAAAACGUCAGCAAGUUUGAGUGAUUCAACAAGCAAAGUUAACGAGCCUUUACAGAACCUUCACUUGGCAUCUCAUGAGGUACUUGAAAGAGCGCAGACGGCUGGAAGAUCAAAGUGUUCAAAAUGUAGUGGCUCAAGGAUGUUUUAUUGUUACACGUGUUGCUCUUUAGUAGGAGUGGGCCAGGAAGAGAUCCCCAAAGUCAAGCUUCCACUGAAGAUCGAUAUUAUCAAACAUCCUAAUGAAACUGAUGGUAAGAGCACAGCGGUACAUGCUAAACUCAUUUCACCAGAUGAUGUUAGUAUUUAUACGUACCCCUGCAUUCCUGAAUAUGAAGAUAAAAGGCACGAAGUUGUGUUAGUUUUCCCAGGUCCAGAUUCAGUUACAGUAGAAGACCUUACCAAUCGGCUUUUAAGGCUUGCUGACAGGGACUCUCCGUGUCUCCAAGACCACCACAGAUCAGCAGAAGAACCUGCUCCUAAAAGGAUGAAGCAAGACACAACAGCAGAAGAUGGUGAAGUCCCUUCUCCGAAGAAAGAAGCAGAGCAAGGGAGGCAUAAUCAUCUUCUGAAAAGAGUUGUGUUUAUUGACAGUACCUGGAAUCAGACCAAUAAAAUAGUUACUGACGAACGACUUCAAGCUUUGCUUCAAGUGGAAUUGAAAACAAGGAAAACCUGUUUUUGGCGUCAUCAGAAGGGAUCCCCUGAAACGUACCUCUCCACUAUUGAGGCUAUUUACUAUUUCCUGAUAGACUUCCACCAGCAGUGUUUAUCAGAAGAAUAUCACGGAGAAUAUGACAAUCUCCUGUUUUUCUAUUCAUACAUGUACAAGCUCAUCAACAAAGCCAAGCAUGCCGCUGGGAAACUUUGACUUCAUAACACACUAUACUGCAGAUGCCCAUCCAGUGCCAGCUUUACCCAGUCUUGUUGAAUAAUGGAUUUUCAUUUUCAACUUUUUUUUUUUUAACUGGUGAAUUGUAAGCACACAAGUGACGCAUUCCUUAUUGUAAAAUUCUAACUAGUUAUCAGACAUUGAACAUUGUAUAAACAGUUGUUAUCAGCAUUUUACAGAUUCUGAAGAGGGAUAAAUACAAGCUGAUGAAGGAAUUACAAUAAUGUUUUUAAAGAGCUCCAAAUCAGGUUUUCGGUGUGUGUCAUUUGAUUAUAGUGCCUGGGUGUACUGACACAGUAGGAUUAAAAGUCAGUUUGGGACUGUGAAGGAUGAUGGGUGGGUAUUGCAGUACAGAUGUUUAAAAAUAAUAGCUAUGAUUAAUACAUGGUCAUACCCACAAUAAACACAUUUUUUAUAAUGCUA